AAAAGUUGUAAUUACUGCUUGAAAACAGAUACACAUACAUUCAUGGAUUUCAAGAACGUAGUAUCUGCUACCAAAUCCGUGUCUUGCUCAUCUUUCUUUUUGUUCCUCUUCACAUUUUAUUUAAGCUCAUUUCUGGCUCAAGCAGCAAGAAAUCCUCCUCCUCCAAAAGAGAUUUACCAUGUUGUUAACUUGUCUUCACUGCGGCCAAAGCCUUACUGCGAAUCCCCCAGAACAGGUUCAGAAUUGGGAUCUGGAAAGAUAAGAAUGGCAUCUAGAAACGGACCUUGCUCGCCACACAACCCUGCUGCAAAGAAAAUGCCCUCUUAUGGCCCACUUUUUCAAGCUGAAAAUUUAGCCAAUAGUGAUGGUUCUUCUGCUGGUUACAUGGAAUACAUUGUCACGAUUGAACUGGGUACACCCAAAGAAAAAUUCACUUUGCUGGUGGACACCGGCAGCGACAACACUUGGGUUGGUUGUAAACCCUGUAACACAGGAUGUGGUCCUAAUCUCUUCGAUCCAUCCAAAUCAUCAACAUAUGUCAAUGAUUCAUGCAGGCCGUCUACUGAUGAUCAAUUUAACGUCACUUACGGCGAUAACUCAAAAUCUGAAGGAUACUGGGGGUGUGAUACACUCACAAUUGAUAAAUCUUAUGCCGUCAAGAACUUCCAGUUCGGUUGCGGGCAAGAAAUCCAAAACAUGGUUGAUGAUAAUAAUGAUGGGAUCCUUGGCCUUGGACGAGGGGAUCUGUCUCUGCCAUCUCAAGGCGGUACCAACUUCCAAAAGUUCAGCUAUUGUCUCCCAAAGUCUAACAGCAAAAAAGGGUAUUUAUUUUUUGGGAAUGAAGCACAAGCAAAGUCUUCAUCCUCCAAACCACAAUUCACGCCUUUGCUCUCUCCACCGGAGAACCUAGCGGAGAAGUAUUUAAAGAAAUCAUACUAUUUUGUAGAGCUUAUUGGGAUGAGUGUCGCUGGGAAGCGGUUGGAUGUUGCUCCUUCAGUUUUCAACUCUCCAGGAACCAUUAUAGACAGUGGAACUAGCAUCACUCAGUUGCCCCAGGAGGUUUACUCUGCAUUAACCACAGCUUUCAAUCAAUCAAUGGCAUCCAAAUAUCCUGCUGCAGCAUCUAAGGAAAUGUCAGAGUUGGACACAUGCUAUAAUGUGGAUACUAAUAGUAACGUUAUCGUGCCAGCCAUAACAUUGCACUUCAAAGGGAUGUCGGGUAAAAGGGAAAUUGAUGUUGAGUUGAGGCAAUCUGGGAUUGUCAUCCUCCCGGAGUCUGAGCCAAACCUGGUUUGUUUGGGCUUCGCUCAACAAAAGGAUGGUGGUCUCGCCAUUAUUGGCAACCAUCAGCAGCGACAAAUGACCAUGUUUUUCGAUUUGCAGGGGAAUAGCGUUGGUUUUGGAACCAAUAACUGCGCUGAAUGAAUGAGAAACAAAUCAUCAUGGAAGUUUAAUUUUACCCGGCCUGGUAAUGGCUGUUAAUUGAGUUCAAUCUGUCUUCAAUUUUGUUGUGUGUUGUGUUACAAUACUACGUUGUAUGUGCUUGUUUUCAGUGUACUACUAGAACUAGAUGAAGUACUAUUUGUUUCAAGAAACAUUGUUAGUUGAAUGUGUAACUCCAGAGUCUAGAUCGAGAUGCAUGAUGUUAUUAUGGUUGAUCCAUUUUAUUACUC